UUGUUUGAUUAUUCACUAAAAGUGUCAAAAUUACAACAUGAAGACAUACAUCCAAAAUUUUAUCAAAAAAUGAAUGUUGGUCGAGCAUUUCGCUUUUUCAGUAAUGAUACAGCUAUAGCUAUGGAGCUAUAUAGUGCAACAAAUGUAAAUCUAAAAGACUGUAAUAAUAGCAUAGUUUUAAUAAAUAAAUGCAUUAAGGAUUUCUAUAUCUACUUGACGGAUUGGGAAACUAGAGCCAAAAGUUUAAAUUAUGAAUUUAUUACUGAUAAUACAUGUUAUGGACUUAAAGUUUCUUUAAAAGCGUCAUUGGAGUUAUUACAGUUUUUGGUCAAUGAAUGUGGGUAUACAUAUCUUAUGACUUCUCGCUUGAACCAAGAUGCUCUUGAGGUACCUAAUAAUUUAAUAUUUUAUUCUAGAUUCUUUGGUAUGAUGAGAAGUGCUUGUGGUUCAAAUGAUCAUCCGGAUUCUGUCUUAUUUAUUCAAAUGUUUCGUCUCAUCAGCACAUACUCAUUAAUUAAACCACCAAAAAAUAGUAAUGUAACUGGUGGAGAAAUGAUUGAAACAUUAAUAAAUAUUCAAGAUUUAUCAAAUGUGAAUGUAACAAAAGAUACACUAGAAGGAGAGUUAGAUUCAAUUAUAGACAAAGGCCAGUUUGAAGAACUUCCUGACGUUAUAGCAUUAAUGCAUGACCAUGAUUAUAGGUCUACCAGUACUUCAAGUCAAGUAUUAUCAUACUUAGCAGGUUAUAUAGCUAGAAAGGCAAACCGAUUCACUAAGUGUAAAAAAUGUCUCUCUAGUUUAAGAAACGAUUGUUUGUCUUCAUCUAGAGACAAACUUAUAGACAUGCGAUCAAAGGGCAACUUAAUACAUUCAUCAAAUAAUCUAUUUAAUUUAAUUUCUACUUUAGAAAAAUCGACACUAGAAGCAUUAAAAAAUGAAGAACUUAAUAUGAAUACUUUACUAACUAUUACGGAAAUGAUUGAACAAGGGGGAUUCAAUCCAAUUGGUAGGUUUUGUAGAUCAUAA